GUCCGAUAGCAACCGAAUGUCCGAUGACCGCCGCCGCCGAGAGCUGCUGAGGCGCCACAAAUUUAUUUUUAGCAGCCAAAACUUUUACUGACCGCAAACUAAUAACAUUUCUGUCUCGCGAUCAGGUGCGUGCAUGAGUCAUCGGCCGGUGCCCUUGGUAUGCAAUCGACGCAGGUGCUGGAACGUGCGCUUCCGCAUUUCCCUUAAAUGAUCGCCCGAGGCCUAUUUUUGUGAGCCGAUCUACGUCGUCCGUCUCCAAUCGAGCUUCUCCAUAUCAACCCUGCUGUUGUGCUGGUCUAUUGUAUUGGAAAAGAGGAAAACUGAGAGAAGAUGCCGUCGAGCAAUCCCGUGUACCAGCCGACCACGGUCAGCUACGAGCAACAGGGAAGUGAAUGGCCCGGCGGUGGCUAUUUGUCGCAGACGGUGGCCUCCGGAUUCAGCCGGACCCAGUGUCUGCAGUGGAUGGUGCUGGUGUUGGGCCUCUUCUCGGUGGCCGCCGGCCUCAUGAUGGCCAUCGAGGGCAGCAUUGACUACCGAGCCACCAAAAACGUCCCCGUCCUCGAGAACGAGACCUCGGGCGACCUGACCAUCGCCAUCUGCGGCGCGGUGCUGCUCUUCGUCGGCAUCCUCCUCCUGCUGGGCUACACCAGCGUCCUCCGGAGGCACCGCGGCGGCUGCUUCUGCUGCGGGGACAAAGACCUCGUACGCCAACUGCGCGACGGCAAUAAUGCUCAGAUUUUGACGCUUGGACCGACAUCGACUGACACGCUUGUUACUGCCCAGUAUGGCCCUGUCUCCGAAAUCGCCUACCAGCCUCCGACUAUCAACGACGAAGAAGAAACCAGGAAGUUGAUGGAGCACAAAGAAACAGAACAAAAAGAUGGGCAGAGCAAGGAGAAGAAUCUUCCCGAUCAAGACGGAGCACCGAUGGCAAAUUGUGACGAAGAAUUCACACCUUCGCUUCGAUCCUCCUUCUCCAGUCUUGAAUUCAGGGAUUCGUUUUCAAUCUCCAGUUUGUCUUUAAACUCCAUUAACAGUUUGUUUUUCGGCGUUAACGAUGCUUCAUCAAAACCUAACUAAUAUUGAACCACCUUUAGUUGUUUUCAAAGCUUGACGCUUAAUUUAAACCAAGAAAAACACGAUAAAGCUUUCACAAUAAUAGACGCAGAUAGAGAACUAUUAUAUAUUACAAGUUAAUGAAGUAGAUAUCCUAGCAAACCUAAAAUUCCUGCAGCUAAUUAAGCAACUCAUUAUUUUUAAUCCAUUCAUUAGUCAACGUGAAUGUGCCCUCGUCUCUGUUAUGAAGUGAAUGUUGCACAAUGCCAUAGUAAGAAGAUAUUGUGACUGCAAUGCUAUACAAUCAGCUCUUACUACCAGUUACUGAUGUGAGAACAAUGUAACAGUGGACAUGUGAUAGUGAGGAUUUGUUUCGUUCAGCAUUUGCAUUUAUUUUCCAGUUGUGUCAUGUAUUAACUUUGUCAUGAUUUUAAAGUAAUAUCAAUUGUGUAAAUGUGGCCAAAGUGUCCGUCAAAAAUUAUAUCCGUCUUUAAAACCUGCCAAUCUUAUAUAAGAUGAUACUACUAAGAUAUUGGUGUCCAAAGGAAUCUAACAUUCUUCGUUACAUCUGUUUCAUUUUUCCAGAAAAUCGUUAUGUUCUUUCUAAUGUGACUGCAAAUAACUAAAAGUGGAAAUGAGACUUAAACAUAACUUAUGUAAUCGAUAAAAUGGUAAUAAGCUUGUGUGCACAGCAGUUUUUAUACUACGCACAAAACGCAAAAAAUUUCACUUUCACGCAUUAAAUAUUUGCACACAUUUUUAUCAAUGUUUACAUUUUAACUUCUGUGCGCUAAUAGAGAUUUGAAAGGAACUGAUAAAAACGGUCCCAAACAACUAUUACGUGUGAAAUUAUUUGCACAUAACUUAAUCUUUAGAAAGUGUCCUGAAAAUUUCAAUAUUUUUAUUUUGACCUAAUUUUCUGAAUUUGGUUGAUUUUUGUGUGUUUAAAUACCUUGAGUGCUAUUAUUUAAACUGCAAUUUAAUGAAUCUCAAACAAUUUGUUUUAAGAAAGUAUAAAUUAUAUACUGUAAACUGGCAAUUAUUAUCUUGACAAAAAAACAUAACAUAAUGUGACGAUAGGUGUUCAUAUAUAUGCACUGGAAACAUAAUAUUCUCAAUUGUGUGCUUAAAUUUAUUUAACGAAACACGCAUGUUCAAAUUUUAAUGUUUUCUGAUAUAUAUUAACUGGUUCCUUUUUAUAUAAUUGUUGUAUUCGAGAAUAAAUUGGUGUAAAGCUCAAAAUUUUG